AUGUUUGGUCAGAAGAGUGCACCUUCCGAAACGGCUUCUGGAUGUCAUGUCGCCUUUUCAUCGAUGACUUCAGUCCGCCUCGCGGCCGCUUGGGAAGCCCUUUUCGUUUACGACUCGAUCAUAUUCGGUCUAAUUGUUGUAAAAACCUGGAGGGCACGACAAGAUCAUGCGAUUACAGGAAUUAGUAUACCGUUGAUUUCACUGAUUCUCAGAGAUGGUGCUGUGUAUUUCGCUGUGAUGGCUCUUUGUAAUCUCGCUAAUAUCGUGACUUUUUAUCUGUGCGGUCCUUUCCUAAGAGGCGGGCUAUCAACGUUUGCCAGCAGCAUGUCCGUGACAAUGAUGUCGCGGCUGAUGCUCAAUUUGCACGAAACAGCGGAAGCUGGUAUCUACAGUACAGGAAUCACUACGACAAGGAGAAAUCAUUUGGAGCAGGCUACAGACCCCACCCUCGAUAUUGUACCUCCGUCGGCGGUGUCUGAUACGGAUACCGUGCAAUCUAAGAGACGUAAGCAGCACUAA